CAGUGCCAAGCACCAACAGCUCAGGGUAGUGGAGCUGGGUGUGCCUCUCUAUAAAGCCCCCUUGAGGCCCCCUGCUCCAGCCAGAACUGGGGCCAAGAUGGACAGACGGCGAAUCACCUCCUCUGCCCGCCGCUCCUAUGCCUCCGAGGUGGUGGUACGCUUCCCGGGCGCCCGCCGAGUGGCUCCGGUCCUCCGGCUGUCCCCGAGCAGAAUGCCACCUCCACUUCCCACCCGGGUUGACUUCUCAAUGGCUGAAGCACUCAAUGCCAAUUUCAAAGAAACGCGGUCCAGUGAACGGGCUGAGAUGAUGGAGCUCAAUGACCGCUUUGCCAGCUACAUCGAGAAGGUCCGUUUUCUGGAGCAACAGAACAAGGUUCUGGCAGGGGAGCUCAAUCAGCUUCGGGGCAAAGAGCCUACCAAGCUUGCCGACGUCUACCAGGCUGAGCUGCACCGCCUCCGGUUUCAGCUGGACCAGCUGACUGCCAGCAGUGCCCGGCUAGAGAUCGAGAGGGAUAACCUGGCUGAAGAUCUGGCCACCCUGAGACAGAAGCUCCAGGAUGAAACCAACCUUCGGCAGGAGGCAGAGAACAACUUAACAGCUUAUAGACAGGAGGCUGAUGAAGCUGCUCUGGCCCGCCUGGAUCUGGAACGGAAGGUCGAGUCUCUGCAGGAAGAGAUCCGCUUUCUCAGGAAGAUUCAUGAAGAAGAGAUCCGAGAGCUACAGGAGCAGCUGGCCCAGCAUCAGGUACAUGUGGAACUAGACAUGGCCAAACCAGACCUCACUGCUGCCCUGCGUGAGAUCCGAACCCAGUACGAGGCCGUGGCCUCCAGUAACAUGCAGGAGACUGAGGAGUGGUACCGGUCCAAGUUUGCAGACUUGACAGAUGCUGCAGCCCGGAAUGUGGAGUUACUUCGCCAGGCCAAGCACGAGGCCAAUGAGUACCGUCGACAGCUGCAGUCACUGACCUGUGACCUGGAGUCUCUUCGUGGCACUAAUGAGUCCCUGGAGAGGCAGAUGCGGGAGCUAGAGGAGCGGCAUGCCCGGGAGGCAGCUGGCUACCAGGAAGCAUUGGUGAGGCUGGAGGAAGAUGGGCAGAGCCUCAAGGACGAGAUGGCCCGGCACCUGCAGGAGUACCAGGAGCUUCUCAAUGUCAAAUUGGCCCUAGACAUUGAGAUUGCCACCUACAGGAAACUGCUGGAAGGAGAGGAAAACCGCAUCACCAUUCCUGUACAGACAUUCUCCAAUCUGCAGAUCAGAGAGACCAGCUUGGACACCAAGUCUGUGUCAGAGGGUCAUCUCAAGAGAAGCAUUGUGGUAAAGACUGUGGAGAUGCGUGAUGGAGAGGUCAUUAAGGAGUCUACGCAGGAACACAAAGAUGUGUGAAUUGGGGCUCAUCCAAACAGCCCCUACAACAUCAGGCAGAGUAGCUGCCUCCAUCCCUAAGUGAGAAGUUGUAGAGGAUUUAUCCAGAUGCAAGUCCCAUAGUGCGUGGCCUCCUCCCCUCCCCCACCCCCAGCUUCUUGGCGGCUUUGUCUGUCUUAGGUUCCCAUCAGCAUUAGGGCUGGUGCUACACUUGUCAGUUCUCUGCCUUCCCCAAUCCCCUUUCCCUACUAACUGGACAGAAUGAGCCUCUAGUGUCUGUAUUUCUGGCACUAAUCAUAAGGGGGAUGAUGUUAGAGGUGCUUAGAAAUCAGUUUGGUUUAGUCUAGUAGGGAGGAGAGUGAAUCAGAGGGGAGAACAUUGCUGGAGGUUGCUCCCCCUUGACCCUCCCCACAUUCUUGUUUCUAUGGUAACUAUUGCCAGGGCACCAGGAAGCCCCAGAGCUGUCAUUCCUAGACUAAGGAGGAGGGUAUUGGUAUUGGAGCUGGUGGGGGUGGGGGAUUGUCUAGGCUCCUUAUUAUCAGGCUGAAGGAGAAGGCGAAGGCAGCGAUCCUCAGGACAAGGCAGAGGUCGAUUUCCCGUUCUCUGGCCCUAACCCUGGGAGAAGCUGGGGGGAUUCAUGGAGGUAGUUAUUAAUCAUUAUAACUUCCAUCUACAUAACACAUUAUAACUCACAUAUAUUUAUAUUUAAGAUGUACAAUUCACCUCUGCUUGCAAUAAGUCUGUGUGAGGUAGACAGAAUGAUCAUCCCAAUUUUAAAGAAGAGUAAACUGAAACUCGGAGAGCCAAAGGUCACAGAGCUAGCUUUAGAACCAGGAUCGGGACCCAGGGCCCCUGAUUCCAAAUCCACUGCUCUCUUCCUUUGUCUUCUGAUUCCAGGAGAAUAAAAUACCCCCCUCGACUUCAGGAGUCAUUGUUAAUACAGUGCACUGUCACUGAUCACUCACAGGUCUUAGGAUCAUAGAUUUAGAACUAGAGGGGACUUUAGAGACCUAGAGGGUCUCCAACCCCUUUAUUUUACAAAUGAGGAAACUGAGGCUCAGAGACCAUUUACUAGCUUGAGUGACCUUGGACAAGUCACUAGUCAAGUGAAGUCCAGAGAAUCAGCAUUGCAGUGCCCCGCCCAAGAUGGUGUAACUAGCGCCAUUUAAGGGCAUUAAGGCUUGGAAAAUGCUUGUACUUGAAGAAGGUUGCUUGGAGUUCCAUUCCUAGCUCUUCACACUGGGAGGGAGAGAGGGGAAGCAGAGGUUUUUUUUGGGGGGGGGGCUAGGAAAGUCUCUGAUGUAUGUGGAGGGAGAGACGGGGAGCAGAAGGAGAGAGGCAACAGAGGAGAGGGCUGUACAGCUAAUUCCCAGGUGUGGUCAGGAGGGGCCUGAAGUUCAGAUGGAGGCUUGAGAUUCUGAUCUGCAAGAAGUCGCAGGGGUGGAAACCUAGUUCAAUGGAACCUUCUCUCCCUCUCCCCCUUUCCUCAUUUGGAGCCAGUUGGGCAGAGCGCAGAUCAGAACUCCCCUCGUGUUUCCCUAGCUUCUGCCUCUGGCCGCCGGACUGUGGCAGUCAGGAGGCUAGCAACCUCUUCCUAAUGCUAGAUUCUGUAGGGGAAAGUACAGUUACAGAGAUGACCCAGCUUAAGGAUCCAUGGGGUCCAUUUCCAAGGUCCCAUCCUUGCCCAGUCACGGUUCCACAGUCCUCUACCGCCCCACCUCCACAGCACUUCACCUUUCCCAUCUUUUUCCAUUUCUUCUCCAUAUAAAUUGGAUUCUAAGCCCCAUCUUGAUUUCCUCUCCCUUCUCUCCCUCUCAUAAAUUCAAAUAGGAGCGUCCAAAAUUUCCCAUUUCCUGGGCUCUCAAGCCAAACUAAGUAGAGUGUUCCUUUUCCCUAGUCCACAAACACUUACACUAAGGACUGGAGUGGGAGGGGGGCUCCCUACACACUGCAGAGCCUGCUUUGGAUGACAGCAAUGCCUGUACUCCAUUCCUUUCUCACACGUUGUUGAUUAGUUGUAUUUCUAAAGUAUUAAUGACCUGCCACACUACCUCCCCCGCCUUUUCUCCAACCACACACCACAGCCUGGGUUCCAUGUUUUUAAAACAGGAAACUACGGAAAUAGAAUCAGAGAAGAGAUUAGCCUGGAGAGACUUGGCUACCAGCCCAGUUGUCUUCUUAGCAUUCCGGAUAAGGAUUUGCUGGGCAUAGACAUUGGUAGUGGAGGAAUGUGGGAACCUAAAACGUGAUCUAGGGGAGCUCUAUGUUCCAGGACCCCCACUUCACACCACCAGGCCAGAAUGCUGGAAGAUGUUGAAGAACCUUUCCUCUUUCUCAAAGUUUCCUUGACCAUGACUUUUUCUUAGCUCUGUCACAUCCUUGGUUCGCCAUACUGACUCUAAUUAGUCAGUUGCAGAGGAUAAAUAAUAAAGUGUGAUCUGAAUUCA